ACUCCGCCCACUUCCGCAGCACAGGUAAGCUCUGUGUGACGUCACCGAUCUUGAAGGAAGGAAAGUGCGCGUGUAAUCAAAGUUUUCCUUCAAAACACUGAUUAUUUACACGGAUACUAACAUGUGUGGCUUCGACAAGGAGAAGGGUCCUGGCAGGUUGAUGAAGAAAGGUUUGACCCUCAUCGUUGUCGGUCAUAUUAAUUUCAUUCUGAGUGCCAUUGUUCAUGGAAGUGUGUUGAGACAUAUAUCCAAACCCAGCAAUGACAUCUCAACAGAGUAUACCGUAUCAAACAUCAUAUCUGUCACAUCUGGACUGCUAAGUAUUGCAAGUGGAAUUGUUGCAAUAUUAGUCUCAAGAAAUAUUUCCAACGUGAAACUACAAAUCAGUCUGUUGGUGAGUUCCUGUGUGAACGCUCUUCUGUCUGCAGCGUGUUUGAUUGGACUUCUUCUGGCAAUCAGUCUGACCAUAGCAGGUGAUGGAAGCGUCCUCAUGAAAGGAUGUAACUCCACUAACACGCCCGUCAAUGCACGAUCUCCGGUCAUCGUCGACUGUCCUUUUGAUGCCACGCGCAUCUAUGACACAACCUUGGCUCUGUGGUUCACCUGUGCUGGGUUUACAUCGAUAGAGGCUGGACUGUCUGUUUGGUGUUUUGUGGUGGGUCUGACAUUAAGAGGCAUUGGACCCUGUUCUAAAACCUACAUCAGAGAGCAGCUGGAGGAGGAGGCACUAGCAUCAAGAGGAACGACUGAUCAAGGUCAUUCAAGUCAAGGUCAACGUCUCAUCGAGCAUCCUUCCAGCGCUUAAAGAGAGACUCCUGAAAUAAGGCACAUAAGGCUUUGCUACUAAUGUGCUCUGUUAUCAAAGGGAUCACAGUGUUUCAUGUGGUACAUGUUUACUGUCUGUGUUUACAUGAAAACCUUAAAACACUGACACACACCACUGUUGUGUAAUUUCAAAAACACGCUGAUGCCUUAUUUUAAAAUUGAUCAUUCAUAUUAUUUUUUAUAUAUAUAUUUUUGUGCUUAGAAUGUCAAAAACAUCAAAUAUAAACUACCUAAUGUGCCAUGAAGUAAACACUUGCAGGCCAAAGAAAAGCUGUCAGUCUGGAUUGGAUUCAGUGAUGUUGAGUAAAUCUCACACUUUGAAUAGAGUAACGGAUUAAAGGACUGAAAUUAUAAUUAAUAGUUUCAUAGAGAUGUGGCUGACGCAUCACAUCCCUAUAUAAUUUUAUUUAAAAGGGCUGUGUGUUUGUUUUUAAAGAGAAAUAUGUUUUAUCUUUUAAAAGUCUGUCAUUUCAAUGCAGAAGACUGAAUUUUUACUGUCUACAUUUCAUUUUAGGUGUGUUAUGUAAUUAUCACUGUGCAAUUUUAAAUAAAGA